AUGGUUGUGUACCAAAGAAACACGUCGUCACCUCCCGAGUCCCAAGUCAUUGCUGCUCAGUCAAUCAAACGCACCCGGGCCAGCUUGAUCGCCGCUCCGCCUCCAUUUGACAAGCUGCGGAGUACUACCAAGAAAUGUGCCCCACUUGUCUACCCCUGUCGUAGGGACUGGACAGCUGCAUCGCAUUUGGAGUCAAGCCAAUUCCCCAACCACAUGCAAGGGCCUCCACUGCCAGCAAUAAUUCGGGUUAUGGCAGCAAAGAAACCUAGGAAGUUCAAGCAGCAAGCAAUGGCACCAAAAGGGCUCCUGAAGCCCCGACAGAGGCUAUCUAAAGACCGAUUCCCAGAGUAUUUCGAAAAACUUACUGCUCAAACAUAUGAUCACGCAUCGAGGGGAAGCAAUAUCGGAACGUCAGUAAUCUUUGAACAGCUACUUUCACAAAGCACUAAACUCAAAGGGCACCAGGGUGGCAUUGAAAAGAUAGCCUUCAACCCAGUCAAAGAUGCAGAACUCUGCAGCGUCAGUAACGACGGCGUGGUCAAGUUCUGGGAUGUCAGGACAAAAACCUGCAUCAACGAGGUCAAGGGGCUAGGCGCGGCCAUCACUGUCGUCUGGGCACCCGAUGGCGAGUCCUUGAUCGUUGGGAACUCGGCGGAUAAUCUCUACGUCCUAUCACCAAGGGAGCCCACCCCGCGGGCAUCGUUCCAGCAGCCUUUGCAGACCAACCAGAUCUCCUUCUGCUGGAGCGGCCAGAGGAUAUUCGCUGCCACCGGAGACGGCAGGACUAGGAUACUGUCGUUCCCGGACUUUGAGCCCGCCUACAGGGUUAAUCACCCCGUCUCGGAAGGCGAAACGUCCGAGUUCAGGCUUGCAGGCCACACCUCUGCAUGCCUUACUGCAGAGCUCAGUCCAACCGGGAGAAUCCUGGCUACGGGAGGAUCAGAUUCUAUGAUUGCAUUAUGGGAUACGUCUGACUGGAUCUGUCACAAAACCGUUGGCAAGAUGACUGGUCCAGAGUCGGAAUUGAGGUUACUCACGCAGAAUCUGGCGAACAUGUUCACACCAUAA